AUGGGGAAAAAAAAUUCCAAACUAAAGCAGGACACCAUCGAUCGCCUAACAACUGCUACCUAUUUUACAGAGAAGGAGAUUCGACAGUGGCAUAAAGGAUUUCUGAAGGACUGCCCAAACGGGUUGCUUACAGAACAGGGUUUCAUCAAAAUUUACAAACAAUUCUUCCCCCAAGGAGAUCCAAGCAAGUUUGCCUCUUUAGUAUUUAGAGUGUUCGAUGAAAACAAUGAUGGUUCCAUAGAGUUCGAAGAGUUUAUCCGGGCAUUGUCGAUCACAUCAAGAGGCAACCUGGAUGAAAAGCUCCAUUGGGCAUUUCGGCUAUACGAUGUCGACAAUGAUGGUUUCAUAACGCGUGACGAGAUGUACAACAUUGUCGAUGCUAUCUACCAGAUGGUGGGGCAACAUCCACAAACAGAGGACGAAAAUACGCCGCAGAAGCGAGUAGACAAAAUCUUCGACCAGAUGGACAAGAACCACGACGACCGACUAACACUGGAAGAAUUCCGCGAAGGUAGCAAAGCGGAUCCUCGGAUCGUACAGGCUCUCAGCUUAGGGGGAGACUAA